ACAAUUUUCUUCAGACUGAUAAAUUGCAAGAUAUGAUGCAGGUUAUGAUAUUUCACUUGUGUAAUUAUGUGCAUUGGAAACAUAAAGGACUAGGAGUUGAAUGCGGAAACUUUACAGUUUCAGUCUUUAGACCCUUGAGGCGGCAUUUCUGUACAUUGUAAGGAUGAAACCAUAAACAAAGGCAGAAAUAAUACAGUUUGUAUAAUGUACACAUUAAGAAUGAUAAAUAAAAGUUAUUAAAUUCAUCUAAGUACAUUCAAAGACCGCGAUGCGCUGUUGCUAUUAAAUUCGAAGUUAGUUGAGGUACAAAAGGUUAAUUCUAGACUUCAUUGGUUUCCAUUGAUGUUCUUGGAUCACGGAUCUGGUAUAGUCACUCUCAGUUUACGAAAACGGAGUGGGCUUUCACCUUUCGGAAGGUGUACUCCAAUAGCUAGGCUUGUUCAAAACAAAAGAAUAGAAGAAAACAAAGACAAAAAGUGUCAUUUUUAUUAAAGAAAAAAAMACAGCCAAUCAGAGAUUUCGUUCCGAAAGUUGUCAGAACUACCAACAAUGCAUUUCGGUCUUGGAAGGUAAGCUGUCUUUUCAAGGUUCUUUACGCAGAGGGGAGAUGUGAGCAAAGACCACACACUACAUUAUAUUGAUAGCCCUUCACGGUUUUGCAAGAUCUUGUCCGAUUGAUUUACUAGCUAUUUGUUGAAUAAAAGAAACAAUAGGAUUUAAGAACGAGGAAACAAUGAGCAUUGUUUUAUCCUUCCAAUCACAAGAGACCUUACAAACUUGUGAAGGAUAACAGCAUUAUAUUGGCAAUAUUUUCUUGUGUUGUUUUAUAGCCAAACGUAGUCAUUAAUAUAAAUGAAAAGAUAAGAAUUGCAUGUUGUUUUAAGGGGAUGAAGGAGAAGGAAAUACCUGACAAAAUAUGAGAAAAAAGUGUUGAUUUUUGGGCUGUGAAAUUUGCACAGGAAAAAACAUCGAAUUUGAUGCCUGUUUUAGUGUUUUUGACAUCCACAUCCACUUAAUUAAAGAGAGCUACUUAUAUGUCACAUAUCACGUGAACUGUAUCCUACGAGGCUCUCAGUAUUCUGGUGUAUCGAUAAUAAAGUAAAGAGGCACAUGGGAAAAACGUCGCGUCAAAGAGUUUGGUUCUUUUUGGAGUUCUAUGAAGCCGGAACUCUAACAUUUGGAAAGUAACGUUGUCUGCUUUGUGAAAUGCUGAUCUUGCAUGCUAAUUGAAUUUAAUCUUAUUAUUGGUCUAAUGAAUGAGAUUCCAUAAGUCAAAGGCCGAAUAUACGACACAACGUUUACCUAUAACCAUCGCAUGCGACCAUGAUCAUCGUCAAUUUCCCGGCAUUCAGUGAUUGUCAAUGGUCCUUUUUCUUUAUCUUUUAGACAAAUUGAAAGUACAAACUGAACCAUGUUAUGUUUUGGUUGUGUUUCAAACUCCUAGCAUUACAUAUUACCUAGAAAAAGUGUUUUAGUAUACUAUAAGAUUUAUAGUGACGGCCGGAUAGCGUUAAAUUCGCAUAGAAACUUCGACCUACUUAGUUUUCAUCCGCCAUCUUGACACUUUUACCAUGAUACAUCUCACCAAUCCAAACAUGACGUUUUCAGUUGAAAAGACCAACGCAGUAUGAAGUCUUUUUACAAACCAAACUUCAAAGCCACUUAUACUGAUAGAUGUCAACAGUUUUAGUCCAAUCUUUGCCAAAUAAACACACACCACUAAGUAAGAUUUCAUGCCCUUCCGUUUUAUUGCAUUUAAUAGAAAAGAUGGUUAAAAAUUAAGCAAAUAGAGUUCUUAUUAGUUUUCAAAGUCGUGGGAAAAUUAACACAUAGGUUCGUUAACUAAACGCAGCACACCUUACAACAUUCAGGAAACAUAAGCCGCGCGUUUGAACCGUKUUAGUGAAGGUUCCUCGAUAGACUUGACUCCAGAAGAGCUAAGAAAAAGACUUUACAAAAGAGCCAGCUUACUAAGUAAUAUGUUGUCUUCAGUAUUUGUUAAAUUUGCAGUUUUAAGUGUGUUUUUAUAUGUUUUUAUGGUGAAUGGUUCACGAGAUCCAAGGAUUGUAGGAGUUGAAAAGUUAGUAAGAGCGAAUUCAGGGCCGGUAGAGCCCGAUGCGAUUGGUAGUGGAGACUGCGACUGUACYUGUGUUAACGGUACUGAUGGCAAAGAUGGUAAGGACGGGCAGAGUAUUGUAGGGCCGCGAGGGCCUCCUGGGAUACAAGGACCACAAGGCCCACCAGGGGUUGAUGGGAAGGAUGGCAAUGAUGGCAAAGAUGGUGAUCAAGGUCCCCAGGGUAACAGAGGCGUSCAAGGACUUCCAGGACUACAAGGACCACGUGGUCCACCAGGCGUUUGUGACCAGGCCAUUCUUGAUGGAAUAAAUAAACGAAUUUCAGGACUCGUCACAAAGCUGGCAUCAGUUGAAAGUGACGUUCAGAUGAAGUACAGUGAGUUGGAUAAAAAGGUCAAUGCUGCUGUUGACAUACUGACUUAUCAAAUCAGUAAAGUCGAAAAAGACUUUGAGAACAAAGCCUUGACCCUUUCUGCCGCAAUCAAGGCCGUUAAUGAAAGUCGYAUCCCAGGCCCUCAAGGUCCACCAGGRCCACAGGGYAUUCAAGGACCCGAGGGUGCGGUYGGACCGAUAGGCCCUCGAGGACCUGUAGGACCACAAGGGAUUCAAGGACCUCGAGGACUUAAAGGGGACCAAGGACAAAGAGGACCUCGAGGAGAAAGUGGAAUAAGUGCCCUGAAAGGCUGUCAGCACCAUGAAUUGGAAAGUAUGGAGACGACGCAAGCGAGUGCCGAGAUCUAUCUUACGGGACCAUCUCCGGGUCACGUGAUCGUCGGCCUUGACUGUUCAUCCAGCAUCAAGGGCAUCAUUAGUAGACUACAAUCAGAUGGGACCAUAUCGUACAAGUGCCUCUGUACCCGUACCACUUCAUUUGGUUGGGGAAAAGAUGAAGGUGGCAACAACAAAAGGUUUAUUAACUGGCGAAGACAUGGUGGAGCUGCGCGCAGACGCACUAGUAGACGAAGGUACCCAGGCUCAUUCUAUCCCAAGAUGAAGUGCGUAAUGCAUUACUGGGAAUGUCCUGCUGAAUAAGCCUCAUGAUAACAUAAUGUAGAUGCUACUAGGUUAAUUGAUAUAGAGGAAAAUCAUAAUAAAUAAAGAGAAAUUCAAAUAUUGA